AUGAAGCGCGCUCGAGUAAGUGAAGUAUGGAAUUAUUUCACAGUUGAUUCUGAAGAAAAUAAGCUUGCAAAAUGUACUAUCUGCCAAUCGAAAUUUAGUUUUAAAGGAACUAUUUCCAAUUUAAAUAAACAUUUAAAAAACAAGCAUUUUAUAACUGUCCCUACUCAAAACUCAAGACAAGAACAAGAAGUCAUUUCAACGAGGCCACUAACUUUACCAGUGACUGAAUCCAACGCCGACGUUGAGCAUGCAGAUAACUUUACUCUACCUGGAUCUUCACAAACCGUAAGUGUGCCAAGCGUACAGACAACUUCGGACCCGCAAGCAUCUAAUAAAAUUCAGUCAACCCUAAGAAUGUUCGCUAAUACUAAAAAGUUAUCGACAAAACAAAGAAAAGAAAUAGAUGACUCAUUAAUGUUAUUGUUUUCUAAAAGUUUUCUGCCGUUCUCGAUAGUUGAGGAUGGGUAUUUCCAAAAUUUUGUAGCAAAGCUAAACCCAGCUUACCAGCUUCCGAGUCGUAAACAUGUAUCAAAUACAUUGUUAGAUGCUGAAUAUCACAACUGUUCAAAUAAAGUCAGAGGAGAACUCAGUAAUGUCGAUUAUGCUUGUCUCACAAUAGACUGCUGGACAUCAAGAGCACAAGAGGGCUACUUAGCAGUAACAACGCACUACAUAGAUAAAAACUUUAAUUUAGAAACUGCUCUUCUACAAUGUCGCAUUUUGUCUGGGCCGCAUACAGCAGUUAAUUUGAGUACGGAGUUGAAUGAAGUCAUAAACGACUGGAACCUCACAAAAAAAUUUAAUUAG